AUGUCACCGCCACGGGACGAGAGCGGCCGCCAGCCAGCACGGGAGCAGCCGCGGCCCCAGCCUAGCGGAAGAAUUCCCGGGGCCGCCCACCGCCGCCUCUCCCACCGCUUCCCCGAGCUUCAGCCUCGUCCCUGCUCCCGACUGCAGCUGCUCCCCGGCCGCCGCUCUCCCGUCCCGCUGUCCCGCCGCCUGACGUGCUGCUCGUAUCGCUACGACGAGAAGCGCCUGAACCGCGGCUUCCUCUGCCUGGAGGGGCUGGAGCGGGCCGGGGGCACCGCCACCGCCGCCGCGGCCACCCCGCCCGACGGGCAGCGCCCGCUUCUGCCGCUCCGCGGGGAUAAUAGGCACUACCUGCCGCUCUGGAACAACGAGGAUCCCUAUGGAGACGUGUGGGUGCCGGACAGGCCCCCGGUGCAGGUGGACGUGGACGUCUCCAAACUGACUAAUCUUGGUCACCUGGAAAUGACAUGGAGAAGCAGAGUCCAUUUCCAUCCACUUCUUGUGAGAAUCCUGCACAAAUCUAGAUUAAGGUACUAUGGAAAACCAGAGAAAAAAAUGGAUAUGCCUUAUCAGGCUUACUUUGAAGUUGCUGAUGGCUCAGGCAUGAUGUCAAUGGUUUUGUGGAAUUCACUGUGUCCUGAAUGGUAUCACAGUAUGAAGGUUGGCACAGUGCUCCUCCUUGCCAAGUAUGCCAUCAAAACCAGUUACCCGUUUAAAACACACCCCACCCCAGGGGAUUCACAGAUGAAGAGAUUUGCUACAAUUGAAACUUUUCCUCCUACUGAAAUAAGUAUUAUUCCAGAAGAAAUGGUUAAGCCAGAGUGGGGAUUACCUGAAGUUAAAUAUAGGUUUAUCACAAGGUCAGAACUGGAUGACUUACCGCACAAUCAUUCCUGUGAUGUUAUUGGUCUUGUGACGUUUGUAGGAAGGGCUGAGCGAGCCAGAAAAAGAGAACACAGUGAAGACUUCUGGCUGUAUCGCUGGGCACAUGCCAUUGAUGGGACCUCAGACCAACCAUUCAUACUGGAAUUGUUUGCAACUUCUCAGCCAGAUGUGUUUGAGCGUAUUCAUCCAAUGACAUACUUGGUGUGUACACAGAUGAGAGUGAUCCAGGGCCUCACUGAGAAUCCUUCCAGGACAGUUUACCUUACAACUUCAAAUGAAAGUCAAAUAUUCAUUACAGGGUGGCACAAGGGCCAGCCAUACACCAAGGAUGCCAAAGUGAAAAGCUUCAUUCAGUGGAUGAAAUCGCAAAGUGAAGCUGAUCAAAUAAAGAAAACUGUCAUCGGUGGCUAUUACCCUUUUCCACGACCUCCUGAUAGCUUUUUGAAAUAUUGUAAAAACAACGAAGUUGAGUCAGUUUUGAAACCCAUAGGUGAAAUAGGGAAAGAGAUUGAAGACCUGCACUACAGAGAACACAAGCGAAUUGCUGUUCAGGGAAUAAUCAGUGCCAUAAGAUACAAAAGCUGUAACGAUGCAGCUGAAGAAGCCCCAGGAGGGGAACUUGUCCAGAAGGAUACUUCUCUGUCUCUUGGAAGUUCUUCUGUGUCCAAAGAAGACUGUGUUGACAAGGGGAAAAAUGAAGAAGUUAAGUCUUUUCUGGGGCCACCCUGUACUCCUGAAGAGCAUCAGCACCAAGCUCUGCUGUCAAAGGGGGGUUCAGUCAAGAGAAAGACAACACGCAGAUUCAGAAGAGAUGCAGAACAGGGAGGUACUUCUGUUAGUCCUGGAUCAUCUUACUCCUAUUUUACGCGGACUGUAAGAAGAAAACUUGGCUUAGAUGAAUAUCAACAUGGACAUUCUGUGCAAGAUAAAAAUGGACAGGCUGUGUCAGACAGUUUGCAAUGCUGCACAGAUCAAGAAGAAGUAAGUAAUAUACCUGAAACUGAAGAGACUGGAAGAACUUGUGAUUCCUGGCAGAGUGACCUGUGGGCACAAGUGAAAGACAAGUUAAUGAAUUAUUUUCAUCACGGCAAAAUCUUCCCAGAAAGUAUCCCAUGUAAAUUUGAUUAUGUGCACAAAGACUUACUUAUGCAACAGUACAACCUUCAUGCAUCAGUGCACCAGCCAAUAGAAGCCAGGACAGAUAAAAACAUCAAUGAGUUUAAAAGUGCUAAUGGCCUUGGGUACUAUGAAGUGACAGUUCUGGGUAUAAACCAUGACAUAGCAAUAGACGUUGCUUUUCUUCCACUGUUUUGCCCUGAUAAUCCCCACUUAUUUCAACUAGAAGACAUUCAGAAUGAUACAUUGUUGUCCUGUAUGACUUGUAUCUCUGCAUGCCAGCCGAAGGCCACCAGCAGUGAGAGGCUUUGUGACACAUUUCCUCUUUCAGAUGAACUGGUAAAAGCAGCGAAGGAGCUUGAUGGCAAACAUGUUAUCUGCAUCUUGGACAUCUGUCACUUGGGGGAUGAUAACGUGGAAGUCUUUCUGAGCAAAAUCUACAAGACAGUGGACUCAGGUGUGCUGGAUCCAGUGUAAUUUAAUUUUCAAAUGUAUAUUGUUCAAAAAGAGGGUAAUAAAAUUACCGUAACUUGAA